UUCAGAAGCAUGCCGGCCGAGAUCCAACAGCGGAUCUUCACCGAGGCUCUACGAAAGCCUCAGGUUCACUUCAUCAAGGCGUUGCGAAGGGAUUCGAUCACGACGAACACGUGGAGCCUGCUGUUUCGGUCCUUCCCGCGGCGCACCGACCCGUCUGGAUUCCGCUUGCUAGAGAGCCUGGCCGUGACGUCGGCCAACGCGGCGGCGGCGAUGCGCCUGGCCACGCCCGACAGGGCCUGGCUCCCCUUUCCUAACCUGCCGGCGCGCUACUCCCCCUCGGCCGAUGUGGUGUGCAUCGAGUUCGACCGGACCCAGCACGGAUUCCGGUUUGAGUUCUUCAACCGCUGCAACUGGCUCGUGGGCGACCCGUUUGCUGGCGACCACAUGGCCAACAACUUUCCCUCCCUCCGCCGCGUCGCCUUUACCUACAAUUACCGUGGAGCAGACUGCAUGAGCGGCCGCAACGCGUUCCGUUGCCUUAGCGAGAUGGGCCGCCAUCGCCGCCUCAAGAUUUGCCCAGAGGAGCUCGUGGGCUUAAUUGAUUGCCUCCCGAGCCUUGAGGAAGUCUAUAUCAUC